AUGUAUAGAGAUUUCUCUGAAAAGCUAUUAGGAAGAUAGGAAUCAACCUUAAGUUUUCAUGCUCAAUAAACACAAGAAGGGUUGAGACCAUAGAUACUUUAGAAAGUCAAUUAAAACCUAAUCUUUGUUAUUUAUGUAGUAAGUUAAUUGCUUCAAUUAAUGAUUGGAUUUUCAUUAGUUUAAUAAAUAGAUAUUAUUACAAUAGCUACUUAAAGAUGCAUUAUUACAAUCAUAUUGACAUUACUGUAUAUCUAAUUUUUUGAUAAUUCCCAAUUUUAAUUUGAUCAAAAUUACAUAAAAGUAUUUAGUGUAAUGAGUGGUGCAUAAGUAUUAGCAUCUUUAAUGGGAUUACUUGCAAUGAAAACAUUCGUCUUUUCAGAAGUAUGCACAUUCCAUCAAUUAACAGCAGGAUAUAUUCUAGUUUUACAACAUUUCCUCAUUCAACCAGGAAAUAAUGUAAAUCUAUUACUUUCACUUAUUCAAACAGUUUCAACCAUUUUAUUUAGUGGAAACAUUUUGUAUAUACUGAUAUGUCUCUUAUAACCAUUAAGUUUAGCAUUGAUAUAGACUCUAAAAUAUUUGAUGACCAAAUAAAUUUAAUAAUUUUCAUUAUUAUUAUAUACUAAUCUUAUAGGAUUACCAAUUUACAUUCUAUUAAGUUUAUUUAGUGGAGGUGUGUAGAAUGUUUUCGAUAUGACUUAUUUUAUGUAAUCAUAUUUAUUUAUUUAGUGAAAUCCUAAUAAUGUGUAUACUCUAAAUGCUUGCUUAUUUGGCCAUUAAUGAAUUGAUAAAUUAAUAGUUAUCAACUAUGUACAUUUGGGCUCUAUCUGGUUGUGUAACUAUCUUGUCCUUAAUUGUAUAAUUGGGAUAUCACUAAGUUCCAUUGGGAUUUGGAUCAUUAUCGGUUAUACUAAUAGUUUUUACAUCUAUAGGCAUGCAUAGAUAGACUUGA